AUGCGGGCGCCGGUCAGGCCGGGUCUGCUGCUCUUGCUCGCCGUGGGCCUCCCGCAAAGCCUAGAACUGAAGUGUGGGAUCCGUGCGGUUGAUGUGAAAAGCACAGAAACUGUCUUGGAAACCGGGUUCUUCCCUAGAAUUGUUGGUUGGAGAAAUUCAACAGUCGGUGGACAUCCGUGGCAGGUCUCCCUAAAAUUAGGGGAGCACCACUGCUGUGGAGGAAGCUUGAUCCAAGAGGAUCUGGUUGUUACCGCAGCACACUGCCUGGUUGGCCUCAGUGAGAAGCAAAUUAAGAGUCUAACUGUGACUGCUGGGCAGUACAGCCUCUCUCAGAAGGGUGAACAUGAACAGAAGAGUCCUGUCUCAAAAAUUAUUAUCCAUCCUGAGUACAAUAGACUUGGAUAUAUGAGUUCUGAUAUUGCACUGCUCUAUCUAAAACACAAGGUUGACUUUGGAACUGCUGUUCAGCCAAUCUGUCUUCCCCAUAGAGAUGAUAAAUUUGAAGCAGGGAUUCUUUGCAUGACCAGUGGAUGGUGCAAGAUCUCAGAGACAUCAGAAUAUUCAAAUGUCCUACGAGAAGUAGAACUUCCCAUCAUGGAUGACCGAAUGUGUAAUAGUGUGCUCAAGGGUAUGAACUUUCCUCUUCUGGGAAAGACCAUGAUGUGUGCCAGUUUUCUUGAUGAGGAAUAAGAUGCGUGCCAGGGAGACUCUGGAGGUCCGUUUGUUUGUAGAAGAGACAGUGGAAUCUGGGUCCUUGCUGGGAUAACUUCCUGGAGAGCUGGGUGGACUAGAGAUUGGACUUCUUUAAGAACAAACCAUAGAAGGACAUCACUGGGCAUAUUCUCCAAGGUGUUUGAGUUGAUGGAUUUUAUCACUCAGAACAUAUUCACAGGCAUCUGUGGCAUCCCUCCAUUUAGUCUCCAGUGGCUUUCCAGAAGAACUGUAGAGGGCGAAGAAGCUUGCCCCCACUGCUGGCCGUGGCAGGUGGGUGUGAGGUUUCUAGGUAGUCACCAGUGUGGAGGGGCCAUCCUCAACCCCACUUGGAUUCUGACUGCAGCCCACUGUGUGCAAUCGAAAAAUAAUCCUCUCUUCUGGACCAUUGUUGCUGGGGACCAUGACAGAACCCUGAAGGAACCAACUGAGCAGGUGAGGAGGGUAAAACGCAUCGUGGUGCACGAAGACUUCGAUAGAUGGAGCGCUGACUCGGACAUCGCCCUGAUACAGCUGAGCUCUCCUCUGAAGUUCAACUCCAUCGUGAGGCCGGUGUGUCUCCCACAAAGCACGGAGCCGCUCCUUUCCUCAGAGAUUUGUGCUGUGACUGGAUUGGGAAGCGUUAGUGAAAAUGGCGGCUUAACAAGGCGCUUCCAGCAGAUUCGGGUAUCCAUGUUGGAAAGUGAGGGGAGGGAACGUACUUACUCCUCUCACCCAGGAGGGCUCACGGAGAAGAUGAUGUGUGCUGGCUUUGCAGACUCUGGAGGGAAAGAUUUCUGUCAGGGAGACUCUGGUGGCCCAUUGGUAUGUAGACAUGAAAAAGUUCCCUUUGUCUUGUAUGGCAUUGCCGGCUGGGGAGCUGGCUGUGCCCAGCCAAGGAAGCCAGGUGUAUUUGCCAGGGCGAGUGUCUUCUUGGACUGGAUCCAAUCCAAAAUCACAGGUCCUGCUUCACUUCAGAUAAAUAAUGAAAGCAAAAUCUUACCAAGACAACAGUUGCCACCACCCACACCCUCAACAGACAAUGCAUCUGGACCAGGUUGUUACUCUGAGGUGGAACUAGAAGAGCCCAGAGGCUUUUUCUCAACUCCAGGAUAUCCACUGGAUUAUAGAGGAGAACUGGAAUGUUCUUGGGUGCUCAGAGUGUCCCCGAACAGUAUGGCAAAAUUGACGGUUGAGUACCUGUCACUGCCUUGGUCUCCUGUGUGUCCGGAUUCAGUAAUGACUAUUUACGAAGAAAGCCAUGAUGAGAGAAGGGUGUCAGGUGAAUUAUGUGGAAGAGGGCUUUACCCAAUGAUUUUCAUGAGCUCUGGACCACUGGUGAGAGUGGCAUUUCGUUCCCUUGUGCAAGGUGCUUUGGGCAUAAGUUAUAUUGUCUUUAGAGUCCAAGGUCCAAAGGGCAGCAAAACUACCAAACUUCUCCAGAGUUCAAACCAAGAACGUACAGCCACUUGGGAGGAUGUUAUCCUGACUAAACCAGGAGGAAUUAUACAGAUCCCAAGAUACUCUCACAGAACUGUUAUGAGCUGCCACUGGAAGUUAUCAGCCCCUUUACAGCACGUCAUUCGCCUUGAUAUUAUCAACUCCCAGGUGAAGCCGACGCCCUUGGCCUGUCAGGGUCACAUGUGGGUUUAUGAAGGAUUUGGAUCAGGCAAAAAAUUAAUAGCUCUGUAUCACCAGUUGCCUCCCCCUCCACUUGGAUAUCUGAUGGGCAUCUCACACUUAAUGCUGUUAUCUCCAAAACCUGCAACUGUGCCUCAUUCCAUGAGAGGAAAAAACAAAGUUAAUGAUCAAGGAUGUCCAGUAUUGGAUUUGAUUCCAGUUAGUUCUACUGAGAUCACAUCUCCCAAUUAUCCUAAUAUUUAUCCCAACAUGCUGAACUGCACUUGGACUUUUUAUUCCAAGUCAGGAAAUAAAAUGAAGGCAGUGAUUAAAGACUUUACCACAGAAGCAUCUUGGAACUGUGAAUGGGAUUAUUUCAGUAUUUAUGAUGGACCAGAUCAGCAGUCAAGAUUACUUGAUAUUGCCUUAGAAGAGGAUGGCACCAAUGGAGUGCAAGUGAAGUGGACAGAUCUGGAGAGAGAACUAAUAGGGUUUCCGGGAAGAUUGCGUAUGGGAUUAAAUAUGCAAAUCAAAAAUAUGCAAAUCAAGGAUGACUCUGGUGUGAGAGCUCAUUUAUGUGGUUCCAAGAAAGAAUUUGUCUUGAUAUCCAGUGGUGCUUACCUGACUGCGAAUUUUAAGACUGAUAAGUCUGUGGGAGAAAGAGGUUUUAAACUUAUUUUGGAAGAUAUAGUUCAGAAGCAUUUACAAAAAAGUAAUAUGGGAACCCAACUGCCUAUCAGUGAGAUAACCGUAGAAAGCAAUACUGGAAAACAGCCAACCCAAGACACAUGUGGAAUUCCAGUUGUUGACCCAUUUCUAAUGCAAGGGUCUGAGAGAAACACACAGGUGUUGCCCGCUGAGCGUGGGGAGCCCCGGAUGGUGGGUGGCCAUGUGGCACCUACCAAGUCGUGGCCCUGGCUCGUCAGCCUGCAGCACCAAGACCAACAUUUCUGUGGAGGUGCUUUAAUUGCAAAGCAGUGGGUCCUGACAGCGGCACACUGUAACUUUAGGUGUGUGCCCAUGCGGUGCCGGGGCGGGGGGGCGGUGCCCGAGGUGGGUGUACUCCUGCUCUCCCCGCAGCACAGGAACCAUUAA